CCUCUCUGGCAAAGAAACACUCCAUCCAUUUGUAGAAAUCGCCCAGGGGAGCGUUACAUCAAAACUAAUCAUAACGAUUAAAAUCAGCUUCUCUGCAGGGAGGAGGCAAUAGGGAAGUUAGAGGCAGGGGGUGAGGGUGUUGUAAAUAUAGGACAAAAUAUAUGUUAUUUGAUUUUUAAGAACAUAAACUCAAGAAAAGACUAAGGCACCACUGCCGUGAUCACUUCCAUUUACUCGCAGUUUUAUUCUGCAUAUUGGCUUAGACUUGGGCAGAGACAUGAGCUAAUUGUAUCCUGAUCUUUGCCUGGAGGGGUUUCGGGAGCCCUGGAGCAAGUAUUCUCUGUAUUUUGUUCUGUCUACCUUAGCCAAGCUAUUGCAUUUCUCGCUGGUGUAGGAAGAGAGGCAGAUCUCAGGCCAAAUCGGAGGAGGGGAAAAAAAUAAGGUUCACAAAAACCACUUCAUGUUUCAGGCCCCCUUGCCUUCUGCGAGGGAUUCUGGAGUUGAAUUUUAAAACUAUGUAUGGCUGCUGCCUGCGCUUAUCAGCGCGUGCACAAGUGGCAUGCAAAUCAAACGAGGAUCACACACCGCAUUGGAGGCCUACACUCAAAGGCAAGCUUAAUUGCUAAUUGGGUAGCUAGGUGUGAAACCCACACUGCCAAUGAGAGGGAGGAAUGUGGAUGUUUUAAGGCCAGUGGUUGAACUAAUUAAUUUUAAUCUGAAUAAUAUUAAAAAUUGCGGAUUCCCUACGUUUUCUGUAAAGAGGAGAAGAAGAAAAAAAAACAGCCAGGAGAAGGCUGCAAAAGUUGUUUUAACUGCAAUUGGGUGUGUUGUGGUUUGGUUUUGUGCAGUGUGAUAUCAAAACUGGGAUAGUUUUUGCAAUGCUAGUAUUUGGAUCGGAGGAAUUCCUUUCACACUGCAGCCUUCAUGCUAUAUAGCCUUUCAUCUCAGAAGAAGAAAAGUUUAGGAGGUUUUUGGUCUGUGUUGACUUUAUUUAAUGGCAGAUGGUUAUUUCUGUGUAGGGUGAGGCAGUGUCUCCGGUGUCACAAAAUGUGUAUUUGUACACAAAAUUCAUUCUCAAGAACAAUUGGAGGCAGAGGAGCUUAAUACGGGCAAUGUGGCUAUAUGGGUGUGGUACAUAUGGCCCUCUCACAUUCAAAGGGCAGCUCUGGGGUCAAAAAAGAAAGUUCUGCUACCCUGACCAAGUUUUCUAUUGCUUUUUGUAGGUCCAAUCACUGGAGAUGUAUUACCCCCCUGUGUAAUGCACAAUUGAAAGCAUUGUAAGAACAUGUGGCUGUGCUUAGGAUAGAGUUCAUGGAGUUCAUAAUAUCCAUUUAGUUUAGCAAUGCUAAAUUAAAUGGUCAUUUUACUGGUUUUCAAUGACACUUGAAUAAUUGAUCUUCUCUUAUUCAAAAUCUAAAAUACAUAUGUUGGUCAAAUUUGAAUUGGAAAGCAGUUCAAAUUCUGUACUAAAGAGAAGCUCUUUAUAACAGCCUGAGAUUUAUUUAAAAACAUUGACUAUAUUUAAAGUGACCAAAGUUGUAUUAAUUUUAACUGACUGACUCAAGGCUCCUUCUGAUUGUGAAGACAUGAAUCCAAACAUGGAUCUUUUUCUCAAAACUGGAAGUUAAAUUUUAAUUUAAUUCUGAAUUGUCAAAACAGCAAUAAUGUCUGCUCAAUGCAGAAUUAUCUGAUUUGACCAGUUUAAUUUUAGGUUUUGACAAUUGUGACAAUUAAAUAUUGUCUAUAUUUAUUAAUAAGCAGUGAAAUAUCUUUAGUUUAGUAUUAAUAUUACUGUUGUGCAGCCUAAUGAGUAGUUUUUAUUAGUUUGCUCUGUCACAAAAUCAAAAACUUAAUUCUUGAUUUCUAGAAAACAACUACUAAUGCCGUUGUAACCUUUAAUUGAGUAGCAAUGGUGCACAAACUCCACCCCAGUGGGUGGCAGCAUUCCACCCACAGUGCAGCAUUUUGUCAGUUGCAAAAACACAUACAGAGGAUGCAUUGACAGAUUUGAACAUUUGCUAAAAUGUGAUGGAUGACAAGACCAAGUUUAGAACCAAAAUAAGCCUUAAAUUAAUUUUCAGCCACACCAGAAGAUGUUAAUAGAUAAACAGAUUCCUCUUCAAUUAGAUGAAGCUUGAGUAAUAUUACAAAAUUCAUGGGCAAUCAUUUAAAUCUUAUUCAAGAUUUAAAUGAUUAAAUCUUGAAUUUAUAUACUCAAGAUAUUCAUACCUCCAAAGACUGCAACUGCAGCAAAAAAGUAUACCAGACUCCAGGAGGAUGAGUGCAUGUAACUAUUUUCAUAUAUUUUUACUUCAAUUCCACACUCAUAAAUUACAGUACGUGUUGGUCUGUCACACAACAUCGUACUGCACACUAAAGUUUGUUCUUGUGACAAAAUUUGACAAGGUGCAGGGGGUUAUUAAAACUAAAAGAAGGAAUUACAUAAAGAUUAUUCCACUAGAUAUUAUCUUUAACCACAAUUAAGAGGGAGUUUAAGAUUAGAUUGAUGGCAAGGAGGCUUCCCAUACAUAUCCCAUUCUCCUAUAUCACUGUCAUGUUGGCCCCCUCUUGGUGGCGCCACUGGCCCAGGGCCGGUUUCAAGUCAACACCACCACUGCUCAGAAAAUUGAUUAAUUUAAGUUUUUUAAAAAGAAAAAAAAAUAGGAAAUCACAGGAUAGAGUCCAGGAUGUUGACUGGAUUCUGUGCAUUUUUCUAUAAUACACAGAGUCCAGUCAACCAGAUUAAUUGAAUUAAUUAAUCUGUGACACUGAAAAGAAUCAGGGCAGGUCGAAUACGAGACUGCUGGUCAGUGCGGAGCAAUUUUGUGCACACAUGUCCAUGGAUGAGUGUUGGCUCUGUCACUCUUUACGCUUUGCACACGGAGAGACUGUUAUCUUGACCGAGGCUUUGACCUGCUGCACAAAAAACAGCUGCUGAACAAUGGGGCAGCAGCUUGGGGGCAGGAGGGCACAAACAACGCUCCAAAUAGGGCAAAGGUCAGCUGUGGUAGGUCCAGAUGUGACUGUUGGCUGGACUCCCCAGAACUGCAUGAUCCCGCUCCGACAGGCUGCGUUUGUUCUAUUCUGAAAAUGCGACGCGCAUACCUGCCACCGAAACAGCGACAGCCCAAAAAGAGCCGCGGGCGCUACAAUGCUAAUGUUGUCGGGGGCUUUGACUUCUCCCAGCCACUGCAAAGAAGCCGCUCUGUGUGACAGGCACGGCGCUGCCGCUCUCCCUCCCGAUCUGCCGCUUUUCACGCCUUUUCCCGCACAUUUUAGCAGGUGCGUUUCAAGAGGAAAGAAGAAGGGGGGGAAAAAGAAAAAGAAAAGCCGAAACCCCUGAACGUUUUACGUAAGUAGUGCAAGUAAUGGACGAAACGGAUAUCAUGGACCUAACGCAUCAGAAGGCGAAGAAGCGACCGCGUCCAAUCAGUUCCGUGGAUGAGACGGUGCACGCUUCGCUCAAGCGGCUGCCGAUGCGAGCGGCGGAGUGCAGGGAGCCCUCCCUGAUGUUCGCUGUCAGAGGAGAGCCUGUCCCUGCAGCGUCUCUCAAGCAGAAUGACCACUCGGUGACUUCCUCUCCAACCACAGUGAUGCCAGCACAGGAUAAUCGCUCCAGCAUGUCCAGACCCAUGAUCACCCGAUCACCAGUGUCUCCCUUGAGUAACCAGGGCAUCCCCACACCUGCACAACUCACCAAAUCCAACGCCCCUGUGCACAUUGACGUAGGCGGCCACAUGUACACCAGCAGUUUGGCCACCCUAACCAAAUUUCCUGAAUCCCGAAUCGGCCGUCUCUUUGAUGGCACAGAGCCCAUAGUCCUGGACAGCCUGAAGCAGCACUACUUCAUUGAUAGGGAUGGACACAUGUUCCGCUACAUUCUCAACUUCCUCAGGACGUCCAAGCUCCUCAUUCCCGACGACUUCAAAGACUACAGUUUGCUGUAUGAAGAGGCCCGAUACUUCCAGCUGCAGCCCAUGCUUGCAGAGUUGGAGCGCUGGCGUCAGGACCAGGAGCUGGGCCGGGUCUCCCGGCCCUGCGAGUGUCUAGUUGUGCGUGUUGCGCCUGACCUGGGCGAGAGAAUCACCCUCAGCGGCGACAAGGCCCUGAUCGAGGAUGUUUUCCCAGAAAUCGGUGAUGUCAUGUGUAACUCUGUGAACGCUGGAUGGAACCAUGACUCCACACAUGUGAUACGCUUCCCGUUGAAUGGCUACUGUCACCUCAACUCUGUCCAGGUUCUGGAGCGUCUCCAACAGCGCGGGUUCGAGAUUGCUGGCUCUUGUGGCGGAGGCGUGGACUCAUCCCAAUUCAGCGAGUAUGUCCUGAGGAGGGAACUGAGGAGGACAAGUCAGCGAGGACCCAAUUCAAACAGGAUAAAGCAGGAGCAGCUGGACUAGAAACCUCCAGGGCAGCAGGAGGUGCUAGACUUUUCUGUAGCAGCCAAACAAUCAGGGCUGCAGAGCUCUCUGGACUCUGUUUUUCUGCAUUUCCUUGUUGAUGUUUCUGUUUUCUUACACUUGAGAACCACAUAGAGAAUAAAAAAUGAAGUGCAACAGGAGAUUUUUGCCAUACGAAGAUAUGAGGCAUUUGAUAACUUUGAGAUUGCAAAGACAUUUGUGAUUGUCUAGUUCCCCCAUAAACCAGUUCAAAAAGUAUUUAUAUAUAUAUGCUGGAUCCCCAAACAAAGUUUGUUUUAAAACUUGCAGCCUACAUUAGGUCAAAAAAUUUGAUUUCUAACAUACUCAUAUGAAUUAAAAGUCUUUUAUUGCUGAAGUAGUGUGUUGCAUAGCUUGUCGUCAGUGACUGUUUUUGUUGUUUCACUAGCAUAUCGAAUGGAGAACUUUUUUUUUUUUGCCCCCCUCAAAAAAACUAAAUUUGUGUUGCUUAGAGAGCAGAAUGUCUCAGACUUUACCAACAUCUAUGUUAAGGAAACACAUUUUUCACAAGUGACAUGUACAGAAAAUCCAAUGAAGUUGUGUUUUUGAAAUUAGCCAUCAAGGACGUUACAAACACAGUGGAAAUGAAUAUUUUUGUAAAUUAUUGUCGCACCAUUUGCCUCACAGGACAGUAUGAACCACCAUUCCGUGUGAUACCUUAGGACUUGUUUCAUUGGAAUCUAAUUUUUCUCAGUCACGACCUGUAAAUUUUCAUUGUAUGUCUUUGUGUUUUUUACAUUGAAUCUUUUUAAAGCAAGUUUCUUGCCUCAGACAUGACUGAACAGAUUAAAAGCUUAUUGUACUAUCCAAACUGAGAUGACUUGUAUUUGUAGCACAUAUUGAUAUGAAGUUCGAUAUAAAGUAUUUCUAAGAUUACUGAAACACCUACGCUCCUUUGAUUUAAGGGGAAUGUAGAGUAAAAAGAAAAAUGUGAAAUAAAUCUCAGCUAAAGUUGUAAA